AUGGACACGGAGCUCCCUUACGAGCGCCGGGAUCAUCCAGCGAAAGCUGUAGGUGGCGGGAAGUUUGCUUUUAAGAUGGCACCCGGCCUCGGAGGAGAACCUGCACCGGCCCGUAUCCGCUUUCUGAAUGAAGGAAGAGUCGGUCCCGGCCCGUUUACCAUGCGGGUAGUCGUAUCUUGCGAAACGAUUUUGUGUCUAUUUGUGUUUCAAAAUGACCGGCCUGUCCUCUAA